AUGGAGGACAGCCCGCUGGAGAUGAAGGCGGAAGCGCCUGCCGCUGAUGACCAGAGCGAAGCCUUCAGAGCUCGCAUGGCGCAGUUCACAUACUCCCCGUUGAAGGAAGCAGAAGGUCUGCGGCGCUCGGCCAGACUCUCCAGCCCACGGUCGGCGAUUCUGUCAACGACCUCCAGCGCUUCCCCGUCCCCGAGAAAACGACUUCGGCUUCAUGAAGCAAGUGACAGCGACGGCAUCAAAGUAGAGGAAGAGCCGGGAUCUAUCUUGGCGCAGGAUGAUAGCACAUCUACGAUGCCAAAGUUGAAAAAGAGAAGAAGCACAACGAAGCAGCGGUCGGCUCAAGAUCCACACUAUCCACCCAACAACUUGGUCGACAGCUUGCGGCCCGGUCUGACGCUCGUGUGCAUCGGCCUCAACCCGGGGCUCAUGACGGCAGCAACCGGUCACGCAUACGCCCAUCCUUCCAAUCGGUUCUGGCAGUUGCUACACGACUCGGGCGUCACCCCAAAGAAGCACAUUCCUGCCGAGACUAGAGAUUUGAUGGAUUUGUACAGUAUCGGGAACACCAAUAUCUGUGCUCGGCCGACACGGAGUGGAGAUGGUCUGAGCAAGGAGGAAAUGGCGGAGGGUGCUGUCCUAUUGGACAAGAAGAUUGCGCUUUAUAAACCAGAGGCGGUGGUUAUCGUUGGGAAGAGUAUCUGGGAGACUAUCUGGAUGGUCAAGAAGGGUCUGAAGCGCUCCAAGGACCCGGACUUCCGUUGGGGAUGGCAGGACGAGGACAUGCAGCUGGGAAGAACCUGGAAAGACGGAGAAUUGACGUGGCCUGGAGCAAAAACCUAUGUGGCCACAUCUACCAGUGGCCUGGCCGCUACGUUGAGACCAGCAGAAAAGCUCGCCAUAUGGAAGCCCUUGGGUGACUGGAUGACAGCCAAGCGGCAAGAAGCAAACGCGCCAAAAUCUGAGUGA